AAAGCAGUCAAGCUGGACACCACGGUAUCGCCCCCCACUGCCACAGCCUCAGUCCUGCCCACCCCUAUCUCCCCUCAAAACCUCCCAUCCCCACCCACCACUGCUCCACAUCAGCAGGAGGAGCAGUAUGUAAGCGAGGUCAGCGUCAAUGAUGACUCCAAGAUUUGCAGAGAUGCAGGAACCAUCACAGAUGUGUGUAACAGCGCUGAUCUUCCUGAGGUGGAAAUCAUCAGUUUGCUUGAGGAGCAGUUGCCUCACUAUAAGCUGAGAGCAGACACUAUAUACGGCUAUGACCACGACGACUGGCUCCACACGCCUCUCAUCUCACCUGACUUCACCCUCGACCUGACCACUGAACAGAUCGAGGAGACCCUCAAAUACUUCCUUCUGUGUGCUGAUCGAGUGGGCCAGAUGACUAAAACAUAUAAUGACAUAGACGCUGUGACACGUCUUUUGGAGGAGAAAGAGCGUGAUUUGGAGUUGGCGGCACGUAUAGGUCAGUCUCUUUUGAAGAAGAACAAAACUCUCAGUGAGAGGAACACCUUCCUGGAGGAGCAGGUGGAACAUAUACGGGAAGAGGUGUCUCAGUUGCGUCAUGAUUUGUCCAUGAAGGAUGAACUCCUGCAGUUCUAUACAAGUGCAGCUGAGGAGAGCGACGGAGAGUCUGCUGCUACCACACCUAUUCACCGAAAUGAUUCGUCUCUCUCAGUCCCAAAUGACUUCCCUCUGGAUUCACUGCAGAAGAAACUCCAAGACCUGGAGGCAGAGAACAUCGUCCUCCGAUCAGAGGCGAAUCACCUGGAGACGGAGACAAUCUCGUAUGAAGAAAAGGAACAACAGCUUGUAAAUGACUGUGUUAAAGAGCUCCGAGAUGUGAACUUACAAAUCUCCACGAUUGCAGAGGAGUUGGCUAAGAAGACGGAGGACACCUCGCGACAGCAAGAGGAAAUCACUCACCUCCUCUCGCAGAUUGUCGACCUGCAGAAAAAAGCCAAAUCUUAUGCACUUGAAAACGUAGAGCUCACUCAGCAUUUGGGAGCAGCUAAAGAUGCCCAAAGAGCACUAACAGCAGAGCUGAGGGAGUUGGAAGACAAGUGUGCUGAGUGUAUGGAGAUGUUACAUGAAGCUCAGGAGGAACUGAAGAACUUCAGGAAUAAAUCUGUGCCUCUCAGUACACCAAGACGAUUCCACUCGCUUGGACUCUUCCCCAUGGACUCUUUAGCUGCUGAAAUUGAAGGCACUAUGAGGAAAGAGAUUCAGAUGUCUGAUCCAGAAGUAGAGGACCAAAGGUUGCAUCCAAAGCGUGUCUUUGAGACAGUGCGGAACAUCAACCAGACGGUUCGGCAGCGCUCAAUGGGCCCCUCCCCUAUCAACAUCCCGGGUUCCAAUCAGACAUCCAGUCUGAACUCCAGGAGAUCUAGUUGUCUGAGCACACCCAGGUCGAGCAUGUAUGGAGGAGAUGGUGUAGAAAUGGACAACCGCACUAACAGCAUACUGAUGGACACAGAGUCACUUCAGGAUGGCUCUAAUGACUCCAACAGAAAGCCUGGCACGCCUGGCACACCCGGCUCUCGUGACCUCGCUGCAGCUCUACGUCGUCUCUCCCUCCGGCGGGACAACUACCUGAGUGAGCGGCGUUUCUUCGAAGAGGAGAGAGAGCGUAAACUCAAGGCCCUGGCAGAGGAGAAGAGCGAAUCGUAUAAGGACAGAUAUGGUGGGAGUGGCAGUGAAGAGGGUGGCUCCCUCACUCCGACAGACAGCAUCAUGUCUCUGGGCACCCUGCACUCGGUGUACUCUGUAUACAGCUCCCGCUCCUACCUGCCGGAGAAACUCCAGAUCGUCAAGCCUCUGGAAGGUUCGGCCACUCUGCACGCAUGGCAGCAGUUAGCCCAGCCCCACCUGGGUAGCCUCCUGGACACCCGGCCAGGCGUGGUGACCAAGGGCUUCCGCCCACUGGAGCUAGAUCUGGAGGAGGUGUACCAAUUCACAGACCUGGAGGAAGACGAGGCAGGACAGCAUUCCCAAUCCAUCAUCUCUACCUCUGACAUGGGUUCUCUGCCCUGCUCACCUGCUUCCAGACGACUACGCACCAGCAAUUGCUAUAUCCAGGAAGAGCAGCUCAGAGAGAACGGAGGGACCCCUGGAGUGGGGCUAGACCAAGUGGUGGCAGGAGAGGAGGAGGUUUCAUCUGUUCAUUUCCCUGGUAAAUGUAUGUCUCACACCAGCUCUACAUACACCUUCACCACCUGCAGGAUUAUGCAUCCUUCAGACGAACUCACCAGAGUCACACCCAGUCUGUUAUCAGGUCCAUCAUUGGCCUCAUGUGUGAUGUCCAACACUAGUCUGCGUUCAACCCCUGUAUCCACCCCCUGCACGCCUCGCCGCCUCAGCCUGGCGGAGAGCUUCACCAACCUCCGGGACUCUACCAAGACCACCAGUACCUCUCUGGGCCUGGUGCGCCUCCUACAGGAUAGAGGUAUAUCUGCUGCUGUCUAUAACCCUUAUAGCUGGGACCGGGCUGACCUGGCCACUCCAGCAGACCCCAGCUCAUCAUUAACAUGCACUGUCACCCCCACCCACCUAGGCUCAGACAUUCUCCCCUCCACCCCUCCAAACUCACCAAACAAGUCUAAACCCAGCAGUCCUGUGUUACCUGUAGACUACAGCCCUUCAGAUCCGCCUUACGAAACUUUCCUGGCAUCGCGGCCAGCCAGUUCGAUUCUAAAGGAAAUACGUGAGGCGGAUGAAAGUUUUCGAACUGAUUCACAGUGUCUGACUGAGGUUAGUGUCCAGAACCUGCGACUGGUGGACAAGGUGAAGAGGUUUAGCUUGGCUCCCAGAACAGUGGUGACCUCUCCCAUCGGGGGAUUGCCAGUGCUGAACUCAAGAAUGAGAAGAAACUGCAGUUAUCCAGCUAUGGUUGGGGCUAGUAUGGCUAUGAAGGGCCCGGGGCCUCCUACUGUGGACAUGUUGUUGGCCCCCAGGCCACCCAGACAAACUAGCCUCAGUGAAGAGUGAAUGAAUCAAUCAUCCCCUUUUGCCUUUUAUUUGUUAAAAUAUACGGAGAUACAGUAUAUCAUCCUUGUGACAACUCAACAGUGCCUGUUAUUAGAGAUGAUAAUGAUAUUUGUAUAGAUUGUUUUGUUGUAACGAUUGCUAUAACAACUAUCUGUGUCUCUUUAUUUCUUUGUCAAUUGCUCUCUCUGUCUGACCAACAUGCAGAGUACAAUUCAUUCAGCAGUGUCAUUUUUUUGAGCUGUUGUCCUCUUGUGUAGAAAAUUGGCAUUUUGCACUUGCUAGCUGUGAGCAAAUGUAGCAUAUAGAGUGGAAAAUUCAUGCCCCUCAGAUUAAUUUAUCAAUUAAGCACUUUUUGAAUUUAAAACUACUCAAGGAUAAGCAAGAAAGUGUCUUUUUUCAUUAUUAUUAUUGUUGUACAUUUGGUCUGAGGUUUGAUAUUUCAAGAUUUGUCAGUUUCAUGAGGUUAAAAAUAGAGCACUGAAUAGCCCCUUAUGCUAAUUGUAGCCCAGAUAUUGAUAAACAAUGAAGCCUUGUAAUUUGUAAAUCAUUAUUUGGUCCAAUUUGACACUUCUUUAUGACCAUAAUAUUUAGCUUUAUAAGCCGAUUAAUUAUGCCGAAAAUCUGUAAAAAAAGAUUAUUAUUAUUAUUAUUAUUGUUAUUUUUACUAGUUCAGCCAAUUCAAUGAAUGUAACAAUGUAUAAUGUCAGAAAUGGCAUAAUUAUAUGUUAUAUCUUGGUAGCAACAGUGUAAUAGCAUAGCUCAAUGAUACAACCUUUACUAGAGUGCUGUUGACAUGAAUUGUUGUUCAGUUGCAUGUUAGCACAUGCUCUCUUCUCUGUACAUCCUCUCAGACUAGUCACAAUUCAAUUGACUGAAAUAUUUCAGAGAUAAUUAGACCACGGGGCGCAAGGACUGUACAAUGAAUCGCAGCAGUUUGAUAUAAACUUGAAAUAUAAUCAUGUUGCUUUUAAUGUCCUUUUGGGACAGACCAGCAUCUUUAGGUAAGUGUUUGUGUGGACGUAUGUACUUUACAUUGUAUAAAUACAUGCAUUGCAGUAUCAAUGACUCUAUGGGAAAAUUGCACAACUACACAUUUCCUUGUUUAAAAGAAUGUUAGGUUCAUCAUCUGCUGUGGCAUUGGAACCUAUUGACUGAGAUGUGUCGUGCAAAGUGAAGUGUGUGCUGUAGCUUUAAAAAUGAUAACGGUGCAAUAGGAACGAAGUCAGUGCCUGAUCUUUUUAUUAUGAUUAUUAUUUUUUAAAGACUUUAUCAUAAUGGCUUCGCCUGCCACAGUAUGCACUGGCAUAAACACUGUAACUAUGUUGAUCCGUUGACUUCCUACUGGUUUUAACCUUGUUGACAAUGCAGUUGUAGGAUGUACUGUUUGAAGGAUGUAUUAUAUUUGCUAUUGUUUAAGAAGCUCAUUCAGUUGCAUGAGUCGUUUUAAAGAAAAGGCCUGUGUGUUUUCUUUUGGUUAAAGCAAAUGAGAUUUGUCAAAUUAAUAUGUGCGCUGAAUGCGUGUACAUUUAAUCAGAGCUUGAUCUUUGUUAAAUGUAUUUCAGAACCACAGCGGUAUCUGCCAUGACUGAACAUUGAUUUCAAUGGUGUGGUUAUUUCAUCACAUUAAUGAAGGGAAGUUUUACUUGUAUAUUGUAAAUAUGCAAAGAGUUUAAAUAUGCUAACUUUUGUAAGAAAAGAACAAAAAACCUAAACUUGAAAGAAAAAAAAAAAAUGAGAAUAUGGAAAAGAGACAAUAUCUUGUCUAAUCACUGGUGAAAAAAAGAGUUUUUGUUCAUUCAUUUCAGAAACUCGCCUUAGCAAAUGGUCAUCAAUAAACCAGUUGAGAUAA